UUCAUGAUUUGCUUAGCGACAGAAGAGAAGGUUGAGGGACAAGUGACCCCCCCCCCCUUACUACUGCCAAAAUCAUCUCCCAGGCUCCUCCCUGUUAAUGGGCUGGUUUGGAUUUCUUCUUUUAGGUCGUUGUGUCUGUUUCUCAGGAUGUGGGGAGUCUUUCAGGCACUCUUGAGAUCAGAACUUAAGAGCUGAAUGCACCUUAUCCCACACCCCAUCCCUCACAUACACACACACACACACACACACUCACCAGACAGACCCGACACCAGCAUCAGGAUGUUGGUUAUUCUGAGAGCAAGCUCCCCAACUUCAGCCUUGAUCCGGACAAAGAGGGUCCUGCAGGAGAUGAGGUCCAACAUCUACAGCAAGCCGCCCAAAAACAAGAUUGGACCAGGGCAAAGCUUCUUCAUCAUGUCAGUGUUUGCUGUCGCCAUGCUGGUGCCGGCUGGCUGGAUCAUGCAUCACCUCCCAGAGUACCGUCAAAGACCACCUCCUCCUGAACCAUGAAGGCCCCUUAGCUUGCUUACACACACCAUCCACAGGCCACACGGCUGGACCUCAUGUAUGAGCCACCAUGCACCAUCAGUCCACCCUCCUCUGUAGUUUGUAACAGCAAGCAAAAAACAGCCCAAAACUCAACACAUUAGCCACUAGCUCUCACUUAAAUGAUGAGAGACCAAUAACGAGAUUAUUUUAUCUGUAUGUGAAUGUUCUUAUAGCAUGGUGUCAAAUACAUCUGAAAAAUAAGGCCCCCUAUGUCGCUGCAGCAUCCGUAUGCAAUGACACGUUUGUAAAACUGUCAACUCACUGGCAUGAUCAAUAAAUGAAAGUAGUGUUGG